AUGGAGAUGAUGAUGAAGCGUAAAGAUGGAUUUGAUCAACCUUAUGAAGAUUCUGUGAAGAAAGAAAACCUCAAAGUUAAUGAAAACGAACCAAUUGAGAAUAUGGACAAGGAAGAGGAGAUAGCUGCAAACUCUUGGGAGAAAAGGAUAGCUUUUGUACUUUGCAACCAUGAAAAGGGUCUUAUAUUUAACGCAUUAGAAGAAUGUCUAAAGAGCAACUCCAUAGACAUGACAAAGAAGUGUCUUUCCAUAGCCACAUGGCUCAUAUACAUGCUUUACAAUCUGCCCGACACAGGUGUCAGAGAAGCUGCCCGGAAGGCUUUGCUUGACCAAUUCAUAUACAUUCUACAAUCCUCCAAGAAUCUUGAAGAGAAGAUUUUGUCAACUGUUGCCCUGAGAAGCUUCAUUAGUGAUCCAGGUGCUCUUGUUGAACUUGGUAGCUACGCUAAAGGCUUGUACAAAACCUUGAAAAAGCUCAAGAGAAGCUCUGUGGUUGUCACUGACAUAAUGAAAACAUUAAUGAAUUUGCCAUCUGUCAAUGCAGCAGAUAUGUGGAGUUGUUCAGAAGGGUUUGAGCUGGAUACAUCAAUGAAUGGAGAGGUUCUAUCUUUGGUUAACAUAAAAGGUCGACUGAUAAGUAGCCAUUCUGAUGGAACCAUUAAGGUUUGGGAUAGUGGGAAAAAGGCGUUAAGGUUGAUUCAGGAGGUUCGUGAUCAUGCAAAAGCUGUCACAUGUCUUUAUGUUUCACCUUCAAGUGAUAAGAUCUAUAGUGGUUCCUUGGAUAAAACAAUACGGGUAUGGGUAAUCAAACAAGAAGGAAUCCACUGUAUUCAGGUUCAUGAUGUUAAAGAGACUGUCUGUGGGUUGGUAGCUGACGCAGAUUUUGCAUAUUUUUUCUCUCAAAGUGCUGGAGUCAAGGUUUAUGGAUGGUCUGGAGUUAUCAAGAAUCUCAACAUCAAACAAACUGUAAAAAGCCUUGCCUUGAAUGGGAAUAAACUGUAUUGUGGUUGCAGUGGUUUCAACAUACAGGAAGUAGAUUUGCGAAAAAACACAUCAACAACAUUUUACGCAGGAGCAAGAAAAUUAUUGGGUAAACAAUCAAUCCAUUCCCUAUAUAUUCAAGACAAUCUUCUGUUUGUGGGUGGAACAUCAAUAGAUGGAAUUGCAGGAAAGGUAUUCUCUCUAUCAAACAGAGGAGUAAUAGGAUCAUUAUCAACGGGAUUUGACAUUCAGUUGUUGGCUGUGAAUAAUGAUUUCAUAUUCGGAGCUACAAAAAGUGGGAGUAUUGAGGUGUGGUUGAAGGAAAGGUUAACUAAAGUUGCUUCCAUUAAGAAUUCCAAAAUCACAUCCAUGGCAUCAGAUGUUGAUGGAGAAAUGCUAUUUGCUGGCUCUUCUGAUGGCAGAAUUCAGACUUGGGGUUUAGAUUGA